GCUCAGCGGGGCCGCCUCAGCCCCGGGCCGGACCCCCGGAGCCCCGCGGCGCGGGUCCGGGGGGAGAAGCUUCUCGGUAAAAUCCUUUUCCUUUUUCUCCCGUGCCCGGCAGGCAAGGCCAUGGUCUGCUUCGGGGACAUGUUCAUCGAGCUCCCGCACGCGCGGACCAGGGAGAUGCUGCGCCAGGACCAGGAACAUCUGGAUGAGGAGAUAAACAACCUCCGGAAGGAGCUGCGCGUGAAGGUCAACCGCCUCUUCGAAGCUCAAGGUAAAGCUGAGCUGAAAGGAUUUAACCUGAACCCCAUGACCUCGGAGGAAAUGAAGCUCAUCAAUCGCAUCCUGGAGGGCUGAGGUGGCCGUGCCAUUGUCACAGCACGCGUUUGGGCUGUCAUCCGUGGAGCUCGUGCUGCAAUAACUGCGGCCUUCGGGGGUUGUGGGAGGAGAUUGGCCUGCCCUGGCCGAGGUCCCUGGGAAGCAUUCGGCUCCUCAGCUAUGCCGCUGCCAUUCCCUUGGAUCACGAACCCUUCCCUGCUCCUUGCUGCAGCCCGGAGGGCUGGGACACGGCUGGGGUGGAAGUGGGAUUAUUAAAAUCAAAGCAGCAAGGCAUUCCUAA